ACAGAUAUGACAGAAUCCUCUGGAAAGAUCCAGAAGAGACCCCCAAAGUGAUCCUUCUUGUGGCCGCCGGCCGUACUCCGGUCAGGUGUAUCCGGUCAAACGCACCUUACCGGGAUCGUCCCACCGGCGAUUUCUCUCCAGGUUUAGCGUAUUCGUGCUUCAGAUCACUCCCCUACUGAUUCUUACGUUAUGCUGCCUGUUGCACAUCGCCAUGCGGAUCAUCUUCGUCCCGAGAUUUUGGAGAACAAAUUAGCGUCUCAGAGAGAAGAAAUAGAGCAGCUUGUUGCAGAUAACCACCAACUGGCAUCUACUCAUGUGGCCUUGAAGCAAGAUCUCGCCGCGGCUCUGGAAGAAAUCGAGAGAAUCAAAGAGCAUAUUAGGAGCAUUCGGACGGAAAGCGAUAUCCAGAUUCGGCUCAUUUCGGACAAGAUGGCGAAAAAGGAAGGGGACAUUCAAGCUUCUGAGAGAGUCCGGAAGGAGCUGCAACAGUCUAUUAACGAGGCGAAACAGUUGGCCACCACUAUUCGCGAGCUGAGUGCUAAAAUUACCCAUGCUACUGGAGAAUUGGAGAAAGCUCGCUCUGAGGUGAAGAAUUUGCCACAAAUGCAAGCUGCACUUGACAAAUUGCAGAAAGAGCACCAAAAAUUACGCAAGACAUUUGAGUAUGAGAAGGGUCUAAACAUAGCACAAGUUGAAGAAAUGAAACUCAUGGAGCUCGACCUGGUUGGCAAGUCAAGUGAAUUGGAAAGAUUACAGGCUGAGUUGUCAAAUGCUGAGAGGAAAGUUCAACAAGCAAAUGAGGCAUACAGUCAACAUUUAACGCACCAAAUUCAUCCUCCGAUGCAUAAUGCCAUGAGCUUUCCGGAUGGUUUUGGAAGGCCUACAGGAGAAGGGUCAAUUCCCUAUGGAACUGCUCAUGCUGGACCUGGACUUGGAAGUGCAAACUUUGCCUGGCAACAAGGACCUUAUUAGGCUUCUUCACAUGGUAGGUUGUAAAUUGCAUUUCCCUUUAGACCCGGGUUCCUUUACUAACUACUGAAAAAAGUACUGGUGGCAGUAAUUUACGUUUACCAUGUGAAUUCCAUCCCUUGUGCUUCUGUUAGCCUUAUAGGAACCCAAACUCUUAUCAUUAUGUUCUGGCCAUUUCCUUAUAAUGUAGGGCAUGGUUACUUGAAUUAUAUCCCAAUCUAUGGAUUAGCAUUUUGUAGGGUUGUUUCAGUUGCUUGGUUUAUACCCCUAACAGUCCUCAUUAGUCCUGCUUAUGGUGCGUU